AACUUUAUUUUCCUCAAUCACUGCUUUGUCAUCAAGCACUGCAAACAUUUUAUUUUGUUGGAAGAGCAGACGGCACAAAACUUGACGAACCCGUUUGUCUAGUUUAACAGAACAAGGGAGCCAUUACAGGGAAAGGGCACAGAGAACACGACAGUUUUUAAGUGAAACUGUUUUCUCAUUAAAAUUAUUGUUGAAACAUAGUUUGCUGUUGGAUGAUCACAGACAAGUAGCAACAAAAGACCGAACUGAUUUUUAAGGAUACAGUGACCCAUUGUUCCAGUCAACAUGGAUCAGCGCUCUAGGGUAAGCUCAGUUGAUUCUUUGGGUCCCAAUGAUGAGGACAUGCCAUACAGUGACGAUGAAACUGAUGAUGAAUUAGAUGACCCGCAGCCAAAAGACACUGAGCAAAAUCAAAUUAAUCAGGAGACCGAGGAGAGGCAGGGGCCACUGAAGAAAGAGGGCACCUGGAAAGUAAAAGCAAAUGACAGGAGAUUCUGUGAGCUGCCAGAGUUUCAGAAAAAGAGCUUCUUAUGGUUUAAGAAGAGUAAAUAUUCAGGGAAUUCAAUCAGAACCUACAAAUAUAAUGCUAUCACAUUUUUACCAUUGAACUUAAUUGAUCAGUUUAAAAGAGCAGCCAACGCCUAUUUCCUUGCACUACUUAUCUUGCAGGUAAUUCCACAAAUCUCCACAUUGCCUUGGUAUACAACGUUGGUGCCUUUGAUCCUGGUGCUGGGGAUCACUGCCAUCAAAGACCUGGUGGAUGACAUUGCACGUCACAGGAUGGACAAUGAAAUUAAUAACAGGUCAUGUGAUGUCCUUCAGGAUGGCAGUUUUCAAACAUACAAAUGGAAGGACAUUCAAGUUGGGGAUGUUGUUCGAUUGAAGAAAAAUGACUUUAUUCCUGCUGAUAUUCUGUUAUUGUCCACCUCGGAACCAAACAGUCUUUGUUAUGUUGAAACUGCCGAACUUGAUGGAGAAACUAAUUUGAAGUUUAAACUGGGCCUGAAGGUAACACACGAAGAGCUACAAACAGAACAGCAGCUGUCAGAAUAUGAUGCUAUGAUUGAAUGUGAAGAGCCCAACAACAGACUGGACAAAUUCACUGGCACUAUGAUGUGGAGAAAUGACAGUUACUCACUGGAUCUGAGUAACAUUCUACUGCGCGGUUGUACAGUGCGCAACACAGACAUCAGUCACGCUCUGGUCAUUUUUGCAGGGGCUGACACCAAAAUCAUGAAGAAUGGUGGCAAAACUAGAUUUAAAAGGACUAAUAUUGAUCAUCUGAUGAAUUACAUGGUUUACACUAUCUUUUUCCUUCUUAUUCUCAUAGCAGCAGGCCUGGCUAUUGGUCAUACGUUUUGGCAGGAGCAGAUUGGUAGUAAAGCCUGGUACCUGAAUGAUGGAGCAUCUGACAACUCAACAUACCGAGGCUUUAUCACCUUCUGGGGUUAUAUCAUUGUUCUGAACACAAUGGUCCCCAUCUCUCUUUAUGUGAGCGUUGAAGUUAUCCGACUGGGUCAGAGUCACUUCAUUAACUGGGACCUACAGAUGUACUAUGAAGACAAGGACACUCCUGCCAAGGCUCGGACCACUACCCUAAACGAGCAGCUGGGACAGAUAGAGUACAUCUUCUCAGACAAGACCGGGACCCUCACCCAAAACAUCAUGGCCUUCAAAAAGUGUACCAUCAAUGGAAAGACAUACGGUAACCCAUGUAAUGCAGAUGGAGUGAGUUUAGACAGCAUUGACCCUGUGGAUUUUAGCUGGAAUAAGUUUGCAGAGGGGAAGUUCCAGUUUUAUGACCAUUCUUUGCCACUUUGCAUAAAGACAGGCAAAGACCUACAUGCGCUGGAGUUUUUCAGACUACUUGCCCUUUGCCACACUGUGAUGGUGGAAGAAAAGGAAGGUCAACUUGUUUAUCAGGCAGCUUCCCCAGAUGAAGGAGCUCUCGUUAUGGCUGCCAGGAAUUUUGGAUUUGUCUUCCUGUCCCGAACACAAAACACUAUUACAAUAAGCGAGAUGGGGUUUGAAAAAACAUAUGAAGUGAUAGCAAUAUUAGACUUCAACAGUGACAGGAAACGAAUGUCUAUUAUUUUGAAACUCACUGAUGGCACAAUCAGACUCUACUGUAAAGGAGCUGAUACUGUUAUCUAUGAACGUUUGCACCCGGAGGCUGAAAACAAGGAAACUACUCAGACAGAACUUGAUAUUUUUGCAAACGAGACCCUCCGAACCCUCUGUCUGUGUUACAAAGACAUCAGCAAUGAGGAGUUUAGCGUCUGGAAUGCGAAGCACAAGGAAGCUAGAAUUGCUGUGACAGACCGAGAAGCAGCUUUGGAUAAAGUAUAUGAAGAAAUAGAAACCAACCUGCUUCUUAUUGGAGCAACCGCCAUUGAAGACAAACUGCAAGACGGUGUUCCAGAGACGAUAACCAAACUGGCUAAGGCUGAUAUCAAAAUCUGGAUUCUAACAGGGGAUAAGAAAGAAACUGCUGAAAACAUUGGGUAUGCCUGUCAGCUUUUAACUGAUGAAACGCAAAUCCAUUACGGAGAAGCUGUCAAUGUACUUCUGAGGACCAGGCAGCAGAACAGCAGAAACACAGAAGGGACAGAAAUAGUGAAAUCAAAAGCCAAAGAGCCCUACUUUACAGAUGGAGGAAUCCAUGCUUUAGUAAUCACAGGGUCAUGGCUGAAUGAAAUCCUUUAUGAGAAAAAGAAGAGGAAGAGGAAAUUGAAGCUACGGCUGCCCACUCCCAAGACAAAGGAAGAACAAACACACCAGCAGCAGUCUAAGCUGAAGGAGGAGCGGGCCAAGGAGGAGCGACAGAGCCACUUUGUGGACAUGGCCUGCGAGUGCAACGCGGUCAUCUGCUGCAGAGUCACUCCCAAGCAGAAAGCCAUGGUAGUCAGACUUGUCAAGAAGUGCAAGAAGGCAAUCACACUGUCCAUUGGAGAUGGAGCCAAUGACGUCAACAUGAUUAAAACUGCAGACAUCGGUGUUGGGAUCAGUGGACAGGAAGGCAUGCAGGCAGUCAUGUCCAGUGAUUAUGCCUUUGCCCAGUUCCGCUACCUGGAGAGGCUACUGCUGGUGCAUGGAAGAUGGUCGUAUAUCCGCAUGUGUAAAUUCCUGCGGUAUUUUUUCUACAAGAACUUCGCUUUCACAUUGGUUCACAUCUGGUACUCGUUUUUCAGUGGAUAUUCUGCAAGGACUGCUUAUGAGGACUGGUUCAUUACAUUGUACAAUGUUUUGUACAGCAGUCUUCCAGUUCUUCUUGUAGGUUUGCUAGAUCAGGAUGUGAAUGACAAACUAAGCCUCCGGUUUCCAAAGCUUUAUGUACCAGGGCAGGAAGGACAGCUGUUUAAUUACAAAAACUUCUUCAUAAGUUUGUUCCAUGGAAUUUAUACUUCGUUGAUAGUCUUCUUUAUACCCUAUGGUGCAUUUCUGCAAACCAUGGGGCAGGAUGGCGAGGCACCGUCAGACUACCAGUCAUUUGCUGUCACUACUGCCUCUUCUCUAAUCAUCAUUGUCAAUCUCCAGAUUUCCCUGAAUACUUCAUACUGGACCUUUUUAAAUGCAUUCUCAGUCUUUGGCAGUAUAGCAAUUUACUUUGGAAUCAUGUUUGACAUUCAUAGCGCAGGGAUACAUGUCAUCUUUCCCUCUUACUUCUCGUUUACAGGAGCUGCUCCAAAUGCUCUCAGACAGCCUUAUCUGUGGCUGACGAUUAUACUGACCGUUGGUAUCAGUCUUAUGCCUGUUAUCGCAGUCCAUUUCCUGCACAAGACAAUAUGGCCUUCAGAGGGUGAUAAAGUACAAAGGAGCCGUAAGACCUAUGAGGCAGAUGAGGCUCCAAAGAAGAAACCGAGUGGUUUAAGACGAGGUGCAACCACUCGCAGGUCCGCUUAUGCUUUCUCACACCAACCAGGCUACGCUGACCUCAUCGCUUCGGGACAAAGCAUCCGCAAGAGGCCGUCGGCAGCGCGGGCAUCCGUCCUCCGAGAAACAGAGUUAACGCCACAGACUGAGACCAACACAAGCUUUUAGCAUUAAUGCAUUAAAAGACUUUUUAACUCUUGCACAGAGAUUACCUUAUUUUUAUAAUGGACAAUGUUGUUCUCAGGACAUUUUAGAUUUAUUUAUUUUUAUUUUUUUUGUUCAAUAUAUUCUUAUUACUUGUUGAAUUCCCUGCUGUUUGCUGUUUUAGUUCUGUGGUGGCCUUAAUAUUGUGAUGCUUUAUGUCUUGACCAUUUUCUACUCCAGCUAUGCAAGUUUUUGAUAUUGUUACAACUGAGUGGUGUUACUAGUCAUACAAGUUUUGUUUUUAAUAGGUGAAAAAAUGUGUGUAGUGAAUUUGUCUUCCUCCAGUUAUGAAAUAACUUAGAUACUUAAACAUUUUACCUUCUCCAAAAAGGCCUUGUUAGAUAUUACAAAACUAGACUUCUUGUGUACUUUGUGAACGAAUUGCAGCGAGAGGCAUGUACAAGUUAAUCGAAGAAUAGCAAUGCGCAGUGAGUUUAGGUUAUGGAUUGUACCCCCAACACCAUGCUGCAUGCUAAUUAUAAAGAUAAGUGGGGCUGUAAGUUUUUAGGGGUAAUUGUGCACGUAGUUGUUCGUAAUGUACUGUAUGUUGUGGUUCAUCAAUUGAAAUUUAGUCCGAUUAUGGUGUCCUUUUUGGAGGUAUAUCCUUUGCAAUUGGUAUAACUUGAAUGACCUAACCAAAACCAAUCCAUGCAGAACUAGGCUAAUAUCAGGUCCAGGUUCUGGUACUUUUUACAUGAAGGGAUGAAUGGACAACAAAUUGAAACCAGAAUUUUAGAACCUGGAAGGGAUGCAAUAAAGCUGAUGGGUUUUAUAAUAAAGUCUGAAAAUGUGAUCUUGCACAACUAAUGUUGCAAUUCAUGUAAAAUACUCUUUUCAAUAUCCAAAGUUUUCUGUUAAUGUUUGUGAAUACUUUAACUUUAUUUAGGAACAAAUAAUAAUAAAAAAAGAAAUAAA